AUGUGUUACCCAGCUGUUUAUUGGGUUUGUUUAAUUGAGUCAUCAGGGCAUCAAGGUAGGGGAUUGGUGUUGCAGGCAGCAACGGCGGUGGAAGAGGUUGGGAGGCAACAAGCACCAGUUGACAUACAUGGAAUAGCUAGUGGAGGUGGAGGUGCAGGUGGUGGUGUGAUGAACCAGUGUGUAUGUUCACCCACGCGCCACCCAGGUUCAUUCAAGUGUAGGCAUCACCAUACAGAAUAUAAAUGGGUUGGUCGACUGGGGGCCAAACCCAGAUUAUCUUACAAACACAACACAAAUCAAUUGUCACCCAAAUCAAUUUGUGUUGAGUAA